UCUCAUUUCUAUUUCGACUCUCGUGCUGAAAACACUCCCUAAAACUCAACCUUCCAAUAUUCCAAAGCUGUUGUUGCACUACCUGUAUUAAAGCUAAAUCGCGCCCCUAGCUCUAUUACGUGGUGUGUGAUUCAACGCUCCAUAAACCGCCAGUCCCUGCUCUCCUCUUUCUGUGAGCUCUUGACAAGAUGGGCUGCAAUCCUGGUGGCUGCUGUGGCCUUCCCGAAUGCAUUCAGUGCACAAAUUUCUGCUACAAUUGCUGGACGGGAACUGCUAGCAUUCCCAGUUGCCGGAUCGGUUGCUCGCCAUGCUGCCCACCGUACCGCGGCUGCUGUGGGGGACCAUUUAAUUGCUGCUAAACAUGCAUAGGCUCAGAAAGAAACGAGGAUGUGUAAGGAUAACACGCCCAAGCAUUACCAUAUACAAAAAAUAAAAUAAAAGCAAAUAAAGUAAAAUAAAUAUUAAGUGACAACCAA